CACACGACGAUGUGUGAGACUUCGAGAUGCACCUAGCUUCCCCCAUAGCAGGUGUCGUGGAUGCAAAAUGCCAAACGAUCAACAAAGGGCUAUGAUGCUUGUGUAGAAAAAUCGAGUCAGACUCUGUGUCUAGAUCACCAUCAACUUCAUCAAAAAACCUAUCAAGUUAGGUUGUAGUUGAUUCCCAAGAAAGUUGGCCCACUCACUUGACGCAACCUCUUAACCUUAAGGCAAUUUGUAUUCGGAUUUACAACGAGGAACAGCCUUCCUUCUUGUAUCAGGAAGUCUUGCAUUGUUCAAAGAAACGCCGAUGCAGCACAGACGAGAUUGUUUAAUACAGUGUUCGACAUGAUCGUUCCUCUAUUUAACUUUGCAAAAAAAUAAAUAGGAUCUUCAUCUCGUUCUUCUUAGGUUCUUAAUGGACACUUCUAAUGUCUCAAAACAGACGAGAUAUCUGCAUGAAUCACCAUACCAAGACUAAAAAAUCCAUCACGAAGAUCUCUAAACUAGUAGUGAUCUUACUGUCAUUAAAUGCACACCACAGAUCCAAGCAAUGAAAUACAGCUCUUGAUGCCCUGAUCAGCCCAUAAAAAUUGCAUCCUCAAUUGGUCUCCCAAAUGGUUCUUUGGACGUUUUCACUCUGAUAACGGCUUUCUGGGUUUCUUCAAGACAUAUCUUUGCUUUCCGCGUUUUUUUUCAGGCUCGCUACGAUGAGGUAAUGCGAAAAUCGUUGAGUACUUCCACAAUAAAGUGCUAAUGAUCUAACUUUAUAUCAUUCUGUAUACUAGAUUUUCGUUUCUAUUUUUUCAUUGAUUGUGUAGAUUAACGACACCAGACUAGAGCAAAAUGUCUUCGUCCGGUAUGGAGAAUCCUAACCCCGAGGAGUUCGAAACCUCCGAGGAAUGCAAGGUCAUCCCAACUUUCGCUGAGAUGGAGAUGAAAUCAGAUCUGCUACGUGGUCUUUACGCAUAUGGUUGGGAAAAACCUUCUGCGAUUCAGCAACGUGCUGUUGUGCCGAUUUUUAAAGGUGAGAUAUACUUGCAGCUACAGGAUUUUAGAUGUUGAAGUACGUCAGAUGUUGCAAAACUUUUAAGUAGAUCAUGAAGAAUUAGCGCAUCACCGGUGGAGUCUUUGCAUUUUAAUGAUUUGAAGUUCAAGUUUUCUAGCACUUUUUAGCACCUUAUAUCUUGCCAAGAAUCGUCUUCCCCCCAACACAUCAGGUCGCGACGUAAUCGUCCAAUCUCAGUCUGGUACUGGUAAGACCGCAGUUUUCUGCCUCGGCGCUUUACAGUGUGUCAUUAAGAAGAAUAGGCAUCCACAGGUGCUACUGCUGUCACCCACACGCGAGUUGGCGGAACAGAGUCAAAAGAUAUGUCUGGCAUUGGGCGACUACAUGUACAUUAGUGUACACUGCUGCAUCGGUGGCAAGAGAAUACACGACGAUAUUAGAGCAUUAGAAGCAGGGUGCCACAUCAUCUCAGGGACGCCAGGUAUUAGGAUUUCUUGAGGACCUGUGUGGUUGUGCAGUUGGAGAAGUAUUAGACUUGACAAGUCUAAAGCUGGAUUGCGUAGUUCAAAAAAUGAAAACAGUGUGUAGUUGACUUCGUAUUGUUCUUCUAGUUCUUCUAGUUUUUCGUAACAUGAAUGAUUGAUGACUUCUCUCCAUGAACAAGCAAAGAUUAGCCAUUCUUUCCCAAUAUGUCCUCAAUCUCAGGUCGAGUAUUCCACAUGAUUCAAGAGAGGCAUUUGAACACGAAAGGUUUGAAAAUGCUGAUCCUCGAUGAAGCGGACGAACUCUUGAACAAGUACUAUAGUUUUUUUUGGAUUGCAGAAUUUGAGUACUAUGUAUUUGAUAUUAGCAUCUCCAUCUAUAAUGAUCUGACUGAAAUAGAAAUGGUUGUUCGCGUGUUACCUUCCUCCAGGAGCUUUUCCUGAUCCAUCUCUUUUUUUACUGUAUAGGCACGAUCUUCAUUCGCAACAUCUCCAUACUCAAUAAUACAGGGGUUUCAAGGAUCAGAUUUACGAUUGCUACCGAUUUGUGCCGCCAGGAGUGCAAGUAGUGGUGGUAAGUGCCACCUUGCCACACGAAGUGCUUGAAAUGACGCAAAAAUUCAUGCAGAAUCCUUUCCGAGUCUUGGUACUGACCUUCUUUGGUGUUUCCAGUAUCAAUUUGAUUUUAAUACUUUCCCAUCGAAGCAGCUAUUGACUCUAUCGAUAGAAUUGUUCACAAGAACUUAAAAAGGCUAGCUCCGAGUAUCAACAUUGCAUCAGCCUCCUCUCUCAUCCUGCUUCUUAAAUCAAUAGGUAAAACGUGAUGAGCUUUCCUUGGAAGGAAUCAAGCAAUUUUUCGUAGCCGUAGAGCGAGAACAGUGGAAAUACGACACACUCUGCGACUUGUACGACACUCUCACGAUCACGCAAGCAGUGAUUUUCUGCAACACGAAGAACAAGGUUGACUGGCUAGCCCAGAAAAUGAGGGAGCAAAACUUCACCGUUAGCAGCAUGCAUGCUGAUAUUUAUGGAACACGGUUUUGAUUUUGGUAAUAUGUUGUAAUUGACCCUGACGCACGAAGUCCUGAUUAAACGAUUUCUCGUUCAGUUUCUCACGAGAGAAGAGCUAAGAAGGUGUAUAGAGUUAGAGUUUUCUAGGUUUAGUUGCAUUACUUACAACUCACAAUAGAAAUGAACCGAAUACUAGACCACCGUCCCGUUAUCCUUCUUCCUUCCUCUAAUCUACGGAGCAAAAAGAGCGUGACUACAUUAUGAAGCAGUUUCGAACUGGCCAGAGCAGAGUCCUGAUCGCCACCGACGUAUGGGGUCGCGGUCUGGAUGUGCAGCAAGUUUCACUCGUCAUCUGCUACGACCUUCCAACUAGUCGUGAACUCUACAUCCACCGAAUUGGUAGGUCCGGUCGUUACGGCAGGAAAGGUGUGGCGAUUAACUUCGUCAAGGAAGAGGACAUCAGGAUUUUGCGGGAUAUUGAACAGUUUUACAGCACACAGAUCGAUGAGAUGCCGAUGAACGUGGCGGAUUUGAUCUAA